AUGUCGAAUUUCUCUAAAGAUCAUCCAUCAAUUCGUGUCUUUGCACCACCAGGUGGUCGUACUGCUAAUAUAUUUGGUGUACCUGAACCUGAAGCACCAAUGCCAACAAAAAAAAAUCAUAUGGAAUCAGAUAUAUUUGGCUGUAAAAAGGAUAAUACUGAUUCCGUACCUGUCAAACAAACACGCAAUAUAACAAAUAAUAUAUUUGGAAGUCAACCUGAACAAUCAGUUCCAAAAUCGAAUGUAUAUUCAGAUAAAAAUAAAUCAACUAUAUUUGAUGAACCACCACCUCAACAACCAUCAAAUAAACCUGAUCGACAACGAUCAAAUAUAUUUGCUUCUAAUGAACCUAUGCAAUCAACAUCAACACGUCCUGUUUCAGAAAAAUAUAAAUCAAGUAUAUUUGGUACUGGAGAUAAUGAUAUACAAACAAAACGUCAACAAGGUACACGACAAGGUUUACGAGAUCCAAAUGCAUCACGCAUGGGUUAUAAUCCAAUAAAUGGUGAACCUUAUUCAACUAAAGAUGGUUUAAGUUCAAAAGUUGAACAAACAGGAAUGAUGGAAAAUGAAAAAGAUUCGAAUGAUACAAGUAAAACACCUGAAGCAGAAAAUGGUGAACAAGUUGAAAAUGGUAAAGAUAAAUCGAAUGAAAAUGGCCAUACUGAUGAAUCUACUACUAAUGCUACUGAAAAUGGUAAUGCUGAAACAUCAAAUGAUAAACCUACCAAUGGCCAUAGCACGGCAAAAAAUCCGCAUACAAGUGUUCGUAUUGCUCAUCCGCCAGGUGGUCGAUCAAAUGGUCCACUUUGGUAA